AGAACAUAUAAUAAGAUUAUUAUCUGAACAUCAGGGUGGCACGUAUACGUUCAAGCUUCAUUAUGUUAGCAAUGAUCCAUUCGUUAACAGAAAUCAAUUCUGUAUUGACAGUCAGCUAGUGCAACAAUAAAUUGCAGGGGUUCUUUUCAGAAGAAAUACAUGUAUAGGCCUACAUGUAUGCGUCAUGAAGGAAAUCAUAUGAGAAAUAAGGUGAACCUUGCACUCUGACACAUGUAAUUGACUGCAUAUAUAAGACUUAACACCAUCUAAGAAUACAAACUGUUCUAACCAACCAACCAACCAAUUAACCAACCAACCAAUAUACCAACCAACAACCAACCGAACCACCAACCAACGAACCAACCAACGUAACCAACUUAACCAACCCCAAUCAUGAUCAGCAGCAGCCGCGUAUGCGCAUUAUCUUGAUAAGCCAAAAUGGCGACGCCCAUGGGUAUUUCUGAACCUCGUGAGAGUGACAGAGUUAGCAGCGAAGACGGUGAGAAUGGAGGUGCUUCUGCUGGGGGAUUGCACAACACUGACACCAAACCACCAUGUUUAAUCGUAUUAGGGAUGGCAGGCUCUGGUAAAACGACUUUCGUUCAGCGCCUGACUGCUCAUUUGUAUGCAAAUAAAGAGCCACCAUACAUCAUCAACCUAGACCCGGCUGUUCAUGAAGUAGGAUACCCUACUAAUAUUGAUAUCCGUGACACCGUCAAGUACAAGGAGGUUAUGAAGCAGUACGGUCUAGGACCCAAUGGAGGCAUCAUGACGUCACUCAAUCUCUUCGCUACACGCUUUGAUCAAGUCAUGGGAUUUGCAGAGAAACGCAGCAAAGAAACAAAAUACAUCAUACUAGAUACCCCAGGACAGAUAGAAGUCUUUACAUGGUCAGCUUCAGGAGCUAUCAUCUCUGAGACUUUGGCGUCUACCUUUCCCACGGUGGUGGUUUAUGUUAUGGACACGGCACGGAGCGUGAAUCCAGUCACAUUCAUGUCCAACAUGUUAUAUGCCUGCAGUAUCCUGUACAAAUACAAGCUACCAUUCAUCGUUGUGAUGAAUAAGAUUGACAUCGUUGCUCAUGACUUUGCCAUGGAAUGGAUGAGGGACUUUGAGACGUUCCAGGAUGCGUUGAACCAGGAGACUUCUUACGCAUCAAAUCUGACACGAUCGAUGAGCCUAGUUCUGGAUGAAUUCUAUGAAAAUCUCAGGGCUGUAGGCGUGUCUGCUGUAACAGGACAGGGAAUGGAAGACUUCUUUAAAGCCGUAACUGAAGCCGUUGAAGAAUAUGAGACUGAAUACAAGCCCCAGUAUGAGAGAUUACGAAGAGAAAAGAUGGAAGCAGAAGCCAAAGAAGCUCAAAGAAAGUUGGAGAAGGUCAAGAGGGGCAAAGGUCAAGGGUCAAAGGUCGGACUUACAGGAGCAUCAGUGGAAGAAGAUGCAGACCUCAAAGGCCCAUCGGUAGAACUGAGGUUAGGUCCUGAUGAUGAUGAAGAAGAAAUCACUUUAGAUUCUGAUGAUGAUGAUGAGGAUGAGCUAAAAGAAGCUGAAUCAUUCCAGAGGUUCUUACAAAGUCAAGGAGCACAUGCAGGUUCAUCUAGCCAAUCCGCAUCCUCCAAGCAGUCAGGUGAUACGUGACAUCACAAUGGUUAACUACUUGUGUGGCCAAUCAGCUUCCUCCAGGCAGUCAGGUCAUAUGUGACAUCACAGUAGUCAGCUACACCUCUCGCGAAGCAUCAGAGCACCAAUCAUGUAUGACAUCACAAUUUUUUUUCAAACUAAUGUAGGCCAUCAGCUAGUUGUUAACAGUCAGGUGACGUGUGACAUCACAAUAGUUAGCUACUCAUCAGUACCUGCUCCACAGAAACGUUGUUAGCCUAACAAUAGGAGACCCGGUCACAUCCUUUGGAUAGUGAUGUCAAACGAUAAUUGCAAGGUGUAAAUAAAGUUAUAUUGUGACAUCAGGCAUCAAUGUGACAUUACCAAUUGUAACAGAGCCUCUGUUAGCGCAUUAUUAGCAGUAACGUUUCUCCACAAUCGGUAGGCCUACUGGCCAAAUGGCAUCCUGCAAUCAGUCGGGUGAUAUGUGACAUCAUAAUAAAUCUAAUGUAGCCAAGUUCUGAUUUGCAAAUAGUGUUCUGUGCGAGUAAACGAAUACAUCAACAAGCUUCAAGCACACACCAGUCCUCAGAAAAAUCUUGGGGGGAGGGGUUCAGCACCCCUGCUUCGCAGGGCCGUGCGGACACACUGAUGACACAUCCAAAUUGCUACCACCACAACAAGAGUAGUCCAUUGUGUCCAAGACAAUACAGGGGAAAGGCUGGACACUGAUUUUUUUUAAAUGCUCUAUCUCGUAUAAUUUGGGGAAGCCGAGGGUGCCUAACACCGUUAGGGAGAGAAAGUUUCAUAUAUCGUCAAAGGCUUGUGUACAAAACAAUUGGGGAAAAUGAUGUUGGAAAAAGAUAAAUGUUUAUUUAAAUUUAAUUGAAUAAAGGGGACGAAGAAGAGGGUGCAGGGGCGGCACAUGGGGAUAAUUCUACCUCCCCUUUUCUAAGAAGUCUGAAAGAUAUAUUCAUUUCUUAUUUUGCAAGCAUUCUUGGAAGAUAAGAAUAAUCAAUCUUAAAAUGUCAAAAUUGCUUCUUCCCUCACCCCUCAUAUGUUUUAUACACAACAGCACAUGACGAUAUGCAAAUUAUACCUAUUCUCUACUGUCAAGCAUCCUUCCCAAGUGUUUCAUUACACACUCUUGACUGUCAGUCAAUGAGAAUCAAACGGCUUUGAUUAUGUAAUUAAUGUUGUUUAUACAACUCAUACAAAGGUUCUUGUCAUUUGAUUGGUUAAAAGCCACUGCAUAUUUAACCCAUUUCGUGCUGCAUGCAAAUUUUAUUUUCCAUUGCACGGUGACAGUGCAUUUUUUAUUUUUUCCAUUGCAUGGUUGAGCUCUCUCCUCAGUGUGUACCACUGAGCAUGGGAGUGUAUGUACAUUUUGUUUGUAUGUGUGUGUGUGUGUAUAUGCACAAAUCACUUUAUAGCACACUGCUUUCAUACUUAGGGGGAAAAUAAUCAUUUAUCAGAGAAAAAUGAGUUACCAGACAGAGGCAAAUACAUUUUAUUUCCAUCUGCUUUUUUGUCUAAUUAUUAUUCUAUUUUCUCAAAUAACACGAUCAAAAAGUUGUAUAACCCAAAUGAUGCAUGUCUUCAUUCGUCCAUUAUGCGACCUAUCCACUCUCGUUGACGCCGCGUUCAAUCCAUUGCAUUCAGCCGGUUUUGUGCAAUGGGUUGAACAGAGCCUCAACUCAAGUGAGGAUAGAUCGCAUAAUGAACUCAUGUGCAUGCAUCAUUAGUAUAUUGUUUGCGUAAGAACAAACAACGAUUUCUUAUGGGUGAGAGUGCACGAAGCAUAGGUGGCAAUUUGUGAAAUAUGUGGUCCUUCUACAGGGCAAGGUUGCAUUGCAAAGUAAAAAAAAAUGAGGGGGGAAGGGGACGACCAUAUCCCCUGCCCCGUCCCACCAGGACACCCUACAAUGGCACUGGGAUAGGCUAGAUUCCCAAUCUAUAACAGAGUUUAAUUUUUUUUCCCCCUAUUUCAAUGCAUAAUUUUUUUUUUAUGUAAACAAUUUUUCUCUUUUUCUUGGAAAGUUUUCUUGUUAUUCAAAUUAUGUACCCGUUGAACUCCAUUUGAGCUACAUGUAAUGUAGAUAACUUUUCAAGUUUUUCAUCAAGUUUGUGGGCUAUCAAACAUACUGUAGAUAUGUGUACAUAUAAUAUGAGAGCAUGAAUAAAUUGUGUUCUAUUUGCUUUAAACAAAGUGUCACUGUGCAUCCAUGAAAGAAAAUGGGAUAUAAGAUUGAGAUUGACAACAAAA